AUGGUCGCUCAAGUACAAAAGCCAGCUCCAAGCUUUACCAAGACUGCCGUCGUUGAUGGUGUCUUUGAAGAAAUUUCUCUAGAACAAUACAAAGGUAAAUAUGUUGUUCUAGCCUUCGUUCCAAUGGCUUUCACUUUCGUUUGUCCAACUGAAAUUGUUGCUUUCUCUGAUGCUGUUCAAAGAUUCAGAGAUCAAGGUGCUGAAGUUUUGUUUGCUUCUACUGAUUCUGAAUACUCUUUACUAGCCUGGACUAAUGUUGCUAGAAAGGAUGGUGGUUUAGGUCCAAUUGAUAUUCCAUUAUUAGCUGACAGAAACCAACAGCUAUCUAGAGACUACGGUGUGUUAAUUGAAGAAGAAGGUAUUGCUCUAAGAGGUCUAUUUGUUAUUGAUCCAAAGGGUAUCCUAAGACAUAUUACUAUUAACGAUUUACCAGUUGGUAGAAAUGUCGAAGAAGCCUUAAGAAUCGUUGAAGGUUUCAAAUGGACUGAUGAAAAUGGUACUGUCUUACCAUGUAACUGGACUCCAGGUUCUGCUACUAUCAAACCAGAUGUUGCUGGUUCCAAGUCAUACUUUGAAGAAGCUAACAAAUAA